AUGAGUAAUCAAAAGAUAAACAAAAAGACAGCAUGGAAAUGGUGGUGGCAAAGCAACAGUAAUAACAGUAACAACGACGAAGACAAUUACGACUGUGCUUCAUCUAUCGCCCCUUCUUCACUUAUGGUACAUCGUUCUAUUCACUCCAAAGAGUCUGAUGAUAUUCUAUCCACAGCGUCCAUCAAAAGUAAACCAUGGAUAUCUCAGAAAAGCACAAUUAGCCCAACACAAGAUGACAAUUAUAAACCUACUACACCUUCUUCUUCGUUCUUGCUAAAUGUGCCUUCCAUCACUUCAUCCACAGUACCUGUGAUUAAUUUCGAACAAGAACAACGCAAGAAGAAUUCUGACGUCGAACUAUUCUCCGGUAUUAAAGCAAAGUUUGGUAAAUGGGUCAACCGAGACAAGUGUAACCAACAACAACAACAACAGCAACAACAACAACAACAACAGGAUCAGUAA